AUGCAGCCCCUCCACCCGCGGACCAGCACGCCCAAGGCCUCGACGGUCCUCCGGGACUUCCUCAACCAGGCAAAGUGCAUCUGCUGCACGGUGCGCGUGGUGGAGCUGACCAAGCACCGCGCCGUCGUGGAGUGGGGACCCGUGCCCUACUUCACGGCGCGGGGCCGGCGGGCCGAGUUCGUGUACUACACGGCCGAGCGCGUCGCCGACGUCAAGCCCGAGGUGCUCCGGACCUGGGCCGGCCGCGACGAGCCCGCCGAGUGGGUUCGGGACCGGCUCCGCGACAGCUGGCUCGUCGAGCAGCUCGUCUACUGGGUCGAGUUCCUCGAGGAGUGGAAGUCGUACCGCGAGUGGUACGUCUACAGGCCGGAGCUCUUCGGGGGCAAGCUCCCCGACGUGCUGAGCCCCGGCUGCGAGGGCUGCGUCAAGCCGCACUGGCCGGGCGGCCUGAGGCGACGGGCGUCGUCUUGUGCUUAG